AUGGCCACCCUGGUGGGCCCCAAUGGCGCUCUUGGUGGCCAGGGCCUUGCCGAGAGCCACGUUGACGUGGAUGCGACGAUGAACGCAUUCUCCCAGUGGCUCAGUGAAAUGAAGGCUCGAUCGAACAGCAGCCUGCAAGCGAUGAUGGCUGAGAUGAGUGUGAUACGUGAUGGCAUCACCUCGAACAGCGCAGACCUCACUGAGUACAAAAGGCACUCGAUAUCUGUACAGCAACAGAUGCAGUCGCAGCUCACGGACCUGCGUGAGAAGCUUACGAGCGCGUUCACAGAGAUAACGUCGCUGGUGAAGCAGAAGGCUGCCACAGAUCAGGAACUGCUCAGCGAGAUCCAUGCACUGGGGCGCCAGCUUUCCAUGAAGACCGCGGAGCUGGAGGCACUGAAGAAGUCCUACAGUGCGACGCACCAGCAGCUCCAACACAGCUUGGUGCAGCUGCAGGGGCAGCUGCAGUCCACGAGCAGUGAGAUCGUGACGUCAAAGCGCCAGGUGCAGGCUGUGCAGGACACCGUCCAGCACAAAAUGUCUGAGGUGGAGCAGCUGAUGGUGAAGCUGCGGGACCAAGUGGACUCUGGGGGCCGUGAGGGCAAUGCCACGGCACUCGCAGUGCAGGAGGACAUCGCCAAACUGCAUGAGGCCCUGACUGGCCUCUCGGGCGAUUUCUUCGAGCACAAGAGGCUUACGCAGCAGGUGCAGAGCAAGCUCCUGAACCAAGUUGCGGCCUUGGAAGAUGGGAGACAGCGAUCUGCUUCUCUGCUGCCGCAGGACGGUGACUACACCGUCGGUGCUAGUGUGCGGGAGGGCUUUCAGCAGCCCGUGCUGAAGCUCAGGGUGUCCUUGCUGCAAAGCGCCCAGAAGGCCGGAGAGGCAUGGCGCCGCUUUGCUCGGCACCACUACCUGAACUCGCAGCUGAGCCCAGCGGCCACUUGCGCGGAAGCCUAUUGGGGAGACGAGCCUGUGGCAUUCGUGGCGCUGCUUCCCCGAGCAAGCAACAGCAGCAGGACAGAGGUUCGGGAGCAUCGCCUCGUGGUCCUGCCGGAUUUCCAGGGUCUUGGGAUCGGUGGGGAUGCCCACAUCCCCACUGUGCUGGAGUGGUAUGGCUUGGUGACAUCAUCGUCAUUGUCAGUAUCAUGGCAAGUUAGUAAAGGACAUCUGUUCUGUGAGGUCUGA